CUUUUCACGUACUAUGUAUAUAUUUUUUAAAAUAUUUUAUGACACAGUGUCGUAAAACUAGCACGACAGGAAGUUAUGUUUGCACAUGCGCAAACUGAUCUGGCAGUUUUAGUGACAACUUUCUUUUGGAAAAAAAUGAACGCGUUAUGUCAUAAAAUAUGAAGCAGUGAGAACAUGCAUUUUGUACACUUUAUGACCGCCUGCUGAAUUUUUCAAGUGUCUUUUUUUUUAACGCCAAGUUAAAAGCUUCCGCGCAGCUCUCGUUCGCACACACGCACCGGAGCAAGAUGGCAACAACAGGAGGAGAAAUGAGCGACAAUAUUACUAAACCUCCCACGUCCAAGUCCUUGCAGGCUUUUAAGGACUGCUUGAGCUGCCGCCUCCUCUCCGGCGGCGGUCUGAUCCUGGCCGCGGCCUACGUGCACAACGGCGCCCGCAGAGUCAUGCGCCUGGGCGGGCCGACCUCCGUGGGGACAGUCGCACAGAUCACAUUCGCAGCAUGUUUGGCCGGAUGGGGAGUGAUCGUCAUGGUUGACCCUGUGGGGAAAAUGAAGAGGGCGGACGAGAAGUGAGGCAGCUUGGGGAUAAAUAUGGACAAAGUGUUUGAAACGGACAUAAAGUAUGUGUGACAAAUAUACAUUAUAAGCAA